GAGUGGAAAUUAUGAUGGGCUACUAGGCUAGGCCAGUUGCCAUGUAGAAUUUUUUGGUGUGGGUGUUUUGUCUCGGGAUGUCAAACGUGAAAUGAUUAUUAUUUUCAAGUGGACCAUAAAAAGUGUGCAAAUAGUUAAAAAAUUAUAAAUAAUCGCCUUUCCUCGGAUCGAUUGACAUUUCUUUGUGAUCGUGAACGAAUCUUGUGCAGUGAACACCCAUAAUAAUUCGGUGGAGAGUGCAGUUAAAAUACUACGAUACAAUAGUACCGACGUUUUACAACUGGAGAGGUGGUCGGGUCGUUAAAAUUUCAGUUCGGUUCGGACACGGCGGACUUCCAUUUUGUUUUAUUAUGUGUGGAUGUUUACAUAGUGCGUGUAUGCGACAAUGGGAGCCAACGGAGGAGGUACAAUGAGUGAGUAGCGCGGGCUGUGAUGCAGCGCGCUCCAGCGGGCGGCCCCUCGCAGCCGCUCCACUCGCUCCAGCCGCUCUACCGGCCCCUCGCACACCAUGACACCGACAUCGACGACCAGAUACCGGCUUCUGUGAUCAGCAGUGUUGGGACGGUGAGCCUGGCUCAGACCACCAUGGCGAACCCCACCAACCCUGGCACCGCCAGCAGCAACGGCCAGCAGACGCAGCCGGUCCGCAACCUACCCAAGAAGCGAAAGUUCGACCCGUCAGAAUUGGAGGAGAUCGAACGCAACUCCAUGAACACCAUCCCCGAACGUCCAGAACGGAACUGCAUCAACAUAGCGCCUGUAGUGGAAUAUGCUCAAUACACCCCGGUGCUCCAACCCUCGCCGAUCAUCCACCGAACGUCGCCGCAAGAGCUGAAACCCUACAUGUCGUACCCAAACAUCGAUCUGUCCGAGUGGCGCGAGCACAGGAUACUGGCGAAGCAGCGCGGGCUAUACAUACCUGGAGUCAUACGCCAGGCGGACGGCUGCAAGGUCAUAGUGGAGUUGGACGGCCAAGAGAACGAUCCGAUUGAGUAUAGUGACGUAUUCGGUGCGAACAAGUAUGACGUCAUCAGUGAUGCUAGUCCCCAGCUAAUACAUCUCCUAAUUGGCUCGCCCUGUGUGGUCAGGACAACGGAUCCAAACAGGGAAGUCCAGAAUGUGUUCGUGGCGGGGCUGGUCUUCGAAGUGCUCAGCUCGCCAAUACGGAUUAGAGUUAAGGUGACGGACGGCGAGAUUAUAGGCAAGGAGAUGAUAGAGGUGAAGCGAGCUGAUAUCCGGCUGCUGCAGCCGCCGUGGGCCGAUGAGCUGGAGGACGCCGGCACGCAUGCGCCUGCGCCGCUGAUGCAGCACAUGCGAGCGCACCACGCCCCCACGCACGCCUUCGCGACGUCGUCGCCUCUUGUGGGCGGGGCUAAUACGGGGGGCGUGGCGGUGGGCGCGUUGUCCAAUGGUUCUCGCCCCUUUGAUGACUAUAGCGACGACGACCUGCCCGCUGAGGACAUCAUGUUCACCGACGCCUCGCAUAUGGAUUGCGGGAACAGCAAGCGCAGCAGUUUGCAGAGUCGAGGCAGCACCUCGAGCCUCAUAGAGGGCAGUCUCACACCCAGAUCUCAAGCGCCCACUCCUAGAUCUCAAGCGGCAACACCGCACAAAUACAAGAAAGGAGAUGUGGUUUCCACGCCUACGGGCAUCAAAAAGAAGUUCAACGGCAAGCAGUGGCGGCGGCUCUGCAGCAAAGACGGCUGCACCAAGGAGAGCCAGCGGCGCGGCUUCUGUUCCCGACAUCUGUCGCUGCGCGGCAUCACGAGGUCGUCCAACACGCCGCUCGCGCAGGGCAACACGCACACGCCGCAGCAGAGAAGUAGCAGUAAAUCGCUCUCGUCGAACGGCACGGGGGUGGAGGGUGACGAGACGUCGCGCGAGUCGGACACGACCCCGCCCAACUAUCGCGUCACCGCACGAUACGAUUCCGAGGAGACUGAGGCUGCUAAUAUGCUGGUGUCGCUGGGCAGCUCGCGGUCCGGCAGCCCGGGCGCGUCGCCGGUGGGCGCGGCUUCGCCGGUGCUGCGGCAGAACGUGUUCGUGCCGAUCUCCUCGCCGCAGCCGCCGCGGCCACACCACCCGCACUACACGCACCACCUCGUCAGGCCCGAGUUACUGCGGCCGGGUAGGGUGUCAUCACCAGUGGGCGGAGUCGCCACAUCUGUCAUCCGAGUGUCACCCGGCCCCACCUACCAGUAUCAGGCCGACAGUCGCAACGGCACGAACGCGCCGACCUUCCCCCGCCCCAACGAGCCCCACGAUCUAGUUAUACGCAACGGCGACUUUCGCAACGGAAUGGACUACGAGAAUUUUGCGAGUAGAGCGGAGUAUUCCGCCUCGCCGGAACCCCCCCGAUUGCCGGACCCACCCAGAGUGGACCCACCUCGGAUUGACCCUCCCAGAGUCGACCCCCCAGAGGAGAGGACCAAGCCGGUGGCGCGAUUCGUGUCCUUCGUGGACGCGGACGCGAAAGACGCAGUGAAGCGCUUCUACGUGAUACCGCAGAAUACUCUGGAGAAGAAAUUAGUUCUCAUCAAGAAUGAACCCACAGAAAAGCUUUCGCAGAUAGAACCAAUUAAACACCAAAUCAACCAUCACAUCAUUAACAAUAACGAACCGGAACCGGAACACAGGAUGAUGGAUAAUGGAGACCAUCAACACCAACAACAACAGCAACAACAGCAACAACAGCAACAACAGCAACAACAGCACCAGCAACAACAGCAACAACAACAACAGCAACAAGUGAACAGCAUCAACAGUGCAGUAAUAGUGCGUCCAAACCAAUUGCUUCCUGUGCUGCCACCGCCCACGUCACACACCGCCAUUAUUGUUUCAAGCAGCAUGCCGUCGGCGGUUUUUCCGUGGCAGUCGCUAGUGCCGCUCCUGCGCGCCGCGUCGCCGCCCGCGCCGCCGUCCCCUCGCACACCGCGAACCCCGCAAACGCCGCAUACCCCGCAUACGCCGCAUACACCGCAUACGCCACACCACCCGGCGCAUAUCAAGGCGGAGGACAUCAAGACUGAGGCGAACGAUCCCGUGACAUCUAUGUGCGCGGACGAGGACGACGAAGUAUUCGAAACGGAGGACACUAGCGGCGGUGACAACAGCCGACAAACGCAGGCGGCGGUGCAGAACCAGCCACAGGGUCAGGAUAAGAAGGAGCGUCGCAUCCGUCGGCCCAUGAACGCGUUCAUGAUAUUCUCGAAGCGGCACCGCCAGAUGGUGCACCGGAUGCAUCCCAACCAGGACAAUAGAACUGUCAGUAAGAUACUAGGCGAGUGGUGGUACGCGCUUAAACCUGAGGAGAAACAGAAGUAUAAUGAACUGGCUACUGAGGUGAAGGAAGCCCACUUUAAAGCACAUCCUGAAUGGAAGUGGUGUAACAAAGACAGACGAAAAUCUUCCAGCAGUCGAGAUCCGACGGGCUCCAUGCCACAGAGUCCUCGUACACCGUCCGAGGGCGGCAUAAACGCGGGCGAGCCGCCAUCUAGCGCGCCGCCGUACGUGAGCGCGUCGCCGCACCACGAGCCCGCUGACCACGACGCAAAUCACGACGCCCACGAGCUCAGCGACGACGACCACAUGGUAAGAAUUACCCAGCCGAUGGAAGAAGCGGCCGAGAUCGAUCUGAAGUGUGGCGAGCGCGUGGCGGACUCUGACGACGGGUUGGAGCGGGACUACUUGACACAUCACGACCAGCGCCGCCGACCCAAGCCGAUUAAAGCGAGGGCUGGCUCCUCGGACAAUCUGCUCGGUGGCAUCACGGCUUCGAGUCCCGGCGGGUCGAAGGUGUUCCAACCUACGGGCGGCGCCUUCAAGUCAACGCACGCUGACUCUGGUGAUAAUCACAGACAGUGGACUGCGUUUACGUCUAUAAACAAGCAGAACUUACAAGUGCCGAGCUCGCCGCACCAUGCGUUGUCGCACGCACACACGCACGUAACGCACACGCCAAGCACGCAAAGUCUGACGAGUAGCGUGCAAGGUAUAUCUCUGGGUACUCCCAAUCCGGUGACGCAAGCGGCGUUGGACAGUGCCAUAGCGUCAAUCAUCAACAGCCCGUCGCCUAACUCAGGGGGAAUGCUGCAGGUCAUAUCGAGCGGUACGCAACAGAAUCAUCAACCGAAUCUGUUGAAGAGUGUCACCCUUGUCAAGCAAAAUAUAUCGGAUAAUACAUCAGGUCCGAUCACCCUGUCGAUGGACGCGCAGGGCUACUUACUGAUCAAGGCGAGCCAGGCCGGUGACUGCCCCGCCGACCCGCCUCUACACUACGUACAGCUGCAGCGGCUGUUGGUGCCGUUUUCGCACUCAGAAUCGGAGGUGAUAAAAGUAAGUCAGAACGCGAGCGUGCAGAGCGCGCCGCCGUCCGUCAUAGUGUCGCAGAACAGCGCACAAACCAAGCCGAACAUACAAUGGGAUGUGCCUAUGGAGGAGACUCGUCCGUUCCCUUUAGCGCCGACGCCCGCGCAGCUCGGCCGCGCGCCGCUACAGAAGAGGUUGAGUCGAGGCAUGUCAACCGGAUCAUCGGGCGCUAACGACCAGCAAGUGCCCCGCUCCGAGGCCCCAACAAUAACCUAUGAGAGACCUAUGACUCACGACCGGCCGCCCGUGUCCCACGACAGGACGCCAGUGACCCACGAUCGGACGCUUGUGACCCAUGAUCGGACGCCCGUGUCCCACGAUCGGACGCCUGUAACACACGAUCGGACGCCCGUGUCCCAUGACAGGACGUCGGUAUCCCAUGACAGGACUCCCGUGUCCCACGAUCGGACGCCCGUAACCCAUGAUCGCACCCAUGAAACGCCAGAAGCGGUGAACUCGCCAAAGAAACUCGAGAAUCUACCUAGCCCGUCGCUAAAGAAGAGCCUCUUUAAAAAGGGCAAUGAAGAUGGACGCGACAAGGUGCUCGAGACGGUGAACUUCGAGGCGAAGUUCAGCACGCUGCCGCAGUUCAAGCCGGAGGCGUGCAGCCCCAGUGCCAUGGUCGUGCCGCAGAGCCCGCUCUACGUGCGAAAGAGACACAAGAUCGGCAUGGACGACGAACAGACGUCCGUUGUGGUGGGCGGGGACAGUGAGCCGAGCAUGCCGACACCCCACUCGUACGGCACACCGCACGCGACCACCAAGCUCGUCGGCAACACCUUCUUCGGCCCGGACUUCAACGUCGACAACUUCCGCGCUGCGGAGGGCGCGGACGAGGUGUCACCGCGUACGCCGUGCUCGGCCGCGACGGGCGCGCGCGCCGAGGCCGGCCACCGCCGCGUGCUGGAGCAGCGCCGCCAGCUGGUGCUCAAGCUGUUCCAGGACCACGGCAUGUUCCCCACCACGCAGGCGACUACGCACUUCCAGGCGGCGCACACGGACAUAUUCCCGACGAAGACGUCCCUGCAGCUGAAGAUCCGCGAGGUGCGGCAGAAGAUGAUGGCGCAGUCCAACCUCACUCCGCACUCCGACGUCAACACGCCCACCAAUGUGAGUUCACCUUUAGUGUCGGCGGUGUUGCAGCCGACAUCCACAGCCAGUUAGCGAUGCGGCUACACCAUAUCCAUCGUAGUACGCGAGUGAUAUGGAAAUUGUUGACGGACAAUACAGAAACUUGCUUAUGGUUGUAUCAAGUGAUAUAUCAUGUAAGUUGAGGGUGUUUUAGACGUUAAAACAUAAGAAGCUGUGUUCAUGUUUGUUGGUACGCGUUUGCGUAUACGUUACGUGUUUACGUAUACGCUGCGUACGCGUUUGCGUGUACGCAACGUACGCGCUGGGUUAGUUCAAUUUAAGCUUUCAUGUACUGAGUUAGGAUUCAGAAUGGCUUGAGUAUUGAUGUUAUCGAAAGUACGAGAGUACUAUAAGCUUAUCUGUGGUUUUAUACAUAUUUACGAAAUUAAUUUUAAAUGUCUCGUUCGUGUGAAGUUAGCUGUGAACGACUGGCUGACUUCACACGAAAAGAUUUUGGCGUGUACUUCUGGGUAAUAAGUCAUUAAGUUUUAAAAAUCGAUGUCUGCACGUUGUAUCGUUAUAAGACAAAGUUAUUACUUAUUAACAUCUUGUUGUAUUCUGAGAUUACAUUUGCAAUAUUCUCGUGUUCCUGUGAUGGAUUGAGUUAAACGCAAAUUAUAAUUUGGCGGAGAUGAAAUUAUUCGCCAUUUUAUAUAGUUACGUUUACUCAAAUCUGUUCUUGCUAGGGGCAACGCCAUCUUACGAAAGUAACAUUUGCAAUAGCUGGGUAUAUUAGAUCCGUUUCUUUCUUGCGCCGUAGACUAGAUUUUGGGGGUAGUUUGAAUUUUUAUUUUGAGAUUCAUAAAAAUGCCUCGAGCAUUUACGCUAGUUAUACGCCUACAUUAAUUGGUUAUUUUAAUUAAUUAAUCAACAUUAAUAUUUUAAGUUAAUAAAAUAUUAAAAAAUAAAUAAAAAAUCGUGUUACUGACGUGCGACUGUGUAAAUAACAAUUAUUCGCUUCUUUAGGUAUUCAAUUAUUUUUUCUAUAGUGAAUGUCUACUAUAACAUAUACAUUUUAUACUGUAACAGUUCUGUAGUAUACAAAUACAAUUUUCAUUUUGCUUACGAUAAUUUGUGUAAAAUAUACACACUUUUUAAUUUAAUAGUAACAUUUAUACUUAUGACUUAGUUGUCAAUGUUUUAUAACACAAAGGUGCAGAAGAACAUAUUUAAGUAACAUUGAAAUAAUAUUAAUAUUUAUAAUAUUAAAAUUACUAAUUUCAUUCGAAGCCUUUGGUCGGUGACGUCUGGCCGUAUUUAUUUCAUUCAUCAAGUUGGUAGUAACUAAAAUAAGCACUUUACUCAUAUAGGCACGAUCUCAUGUAAUUUAUAUUUUUUUAAGACUCGUUCUCUUAAAAACAGGGAGUGGACAAAUGAAACUUGCAAUGUAAGAUUUGGGAUAAAAUCUAUCAACAUUUUUUACAAAAAAUUACAUAUUAUUGUGUGGCGUCAACUACGAGUAGAAAUAUUUUUAGCACAUGCUCUACUGCUAUUGAGGUUUAAGAAAAAUAUAAUUGUCAUAUCCAAGAUAAAAAUCAUCUCAUGUAUGGGGGACUCCCCAAUCAAAGCAAAUUUGUCUAUAUACAGAAAGACUUUUUUCUCGAGUAAUAAUUUUCGUCUAAACCUUUAUACAUAGAAGAUCAUCUGCUCAAAUAUUCAUUAUUGAUUUUACCGUAGCUAGUAUAUUUUUUUUGUCAUACUCCCUGUCUUUAUUGCAACAAGUUGACGGUAGUUACUCAUCUGGUAUGGUGGAAAUGCGACUGCAUUUAUAAAUAUGGGAAUUGCAAUAGAGAGGCCCCUCGCCUGCAUCAGGGGUGGUUAACAUUUGGUGCGUUUAGUUUCUUUAUUUGUAUCGUUUUUCUAUUUUUGUUGUGAUGUUGGUCUUCCACAAGUUUAAAAAAAGUCUUAUAAAAAAUUAAUAUCUAAUUAUUUAAUAUUGUAGCGAAUAGAUAAGCGAAUGGGAUGUUGCCAUGUUUUAUCUAUUGUGAUUAAACGUAAGUUCAUAAUGAUAGUUUGUUACGGAGCUUAAGUUUUUUUCUGUUAAGUUGUAUUUCAUGUUGAGGCGUCAAGCGUGGUUUAACAUUAUAAUUUUCUUAUAUUUUAGCUAUUAAUUAAUUAGUGAGAAAUGGUGUUAGAUCAUUGACAAAAUAUUAAUCAAAUAUCAGUCUUUACUAGAGAAAUCUUUAAGGUUACUUCCGUUUCUUGCCAACCUCACUCUGGUUUUUGCGGUGUGAAGUUACGGCGUGUUAGACCACGCUCGACGCUACCGAAAGGUAAACAGUUCUAUAAUAAUUCAGCUCAAAUCAUUAACGACACUAGAUAAUUACAUAUUUAUAUAUUAACAAUCUCACUGUACAUAGUUACGUAGUUAAGUUUCCCGGCUCUCAAAGUAAUUUUUUUUUAUUUUAGUGAAUGCUAAUAAUAGGUAUUUGUACUUGAAAAUUCGGCCAAUACAAAACUGAUUGUAUAUCAAAAGAUAAUGUAUUUUUAUUGAUCUCUUUGGCGCUUAGAAUAAUUGCUUUAGGAGUGGGGAAGUCGAGAGAAUUUAUUAAAGUAAUGUAAGAAAUAUUUUCGCACUGUUAAAUCUUAGCUUAGGACUAUACGCGCCGAAAAUACUGAGUUACAGAAUUUACAGCAUUCUAAUUAGAACUCUGUGUCAGAAUAAUAAAGCUGAAAAUUUCAUAUCCAAUUAUUUUUGGCAUUGCCAUUCGAUUUUUAAAUCUAUUUUAUUAGCGCAGAGUUCUAAUUUCGAUGGUGUGAAUAUUCCCGUAACUUUGUAAUUUCGACGCGUAUAGUCGGAGCAUUAUAGUUAAGUCACUGAGCCGUACCGUAGUCAAUUCAUGUUGUUGUCUUGUUACCAUAGUACUGUCUACAUCACAGGGGCUCGGCGAUAUCGAAGCGAUAACGAAGUUACAAGAAUACGAUUCCGCUAUGAAGUAUGUCAACCCAACAUUUUUUAAUUAGUCAAGUGCGUUGGGUAUGUUUUUGAAACAAAAAUAACUUGUGAUAGUGUCACUUCAAUUUCCACAACUCUUUGUAACUUUAUUAUCAUUUUCAUAUCGUCGGCUAAGCCCCGAGUCUUCGCACGCACGAACGAAAAACAUCGACUGGCGAAAGUACGAUCGAUUUAACGAAGUAUUAAGUGCUUUCUAUAGUGGUCUUCUUUCUAUAACGUCAUGCUUUCUCUUUAAUCCAUACAAAGAACGAAAGGGAUGUGGUAACCUAAAUAGGUCUUUGUACUAAAAAUAAUUAAUUUCUCAAAUUAAAGUACCUAACAACUGAGAUUUUUUUAAAUACGUCUGCGAAAUAUAUUUUAUGAUUUUUUUUUGUUUAAAUCGAGCCACCAAAUAUGAGAAAUAUUUGAUAAAAAUUGCCUACAUGCUACAGACGACAGUAUUGCUGUUCCGUAUUAACAGCAUUAAAUUGGUGCGCGAGGGAAAGAGAGAAGCGUUAGGUGUUUCUUAAAUUUUUACCUGUUCAAUGACUUUACAGUUGGAUAGUCACUAUAGAUUGCAACGUUAUUAUAAAUGCCUAAAUUACAUUAUUCCUUAUAUCAAGCUUAAAUUUUAAGUUUAUUAGGAGAGAAAUUAGUAAGUUGUUUUUAAGACUCAGUUGUAUAUAAUAUAUUAUAUUCCAGUGUGAGUACAACGAUUGAUUUAAUCUACAGGGGGCUUAGCCAACAUGUUUUCUUUAUCUCUUCUUUACUUAAUCACCGACAUGAGUCGAAUUUCGAGUACAUAAUAUUAUCUUACACUUAUGUCAAUUCCAUACAUCGGGGAUUCUAUAAGGAAGAGAUAAAAAAAACGUGUUGGCUAGGCGCCCUGUUUUAUUUUAUUCGAGAUCAGUGAUUGUAUUUUAUUUUAAGUCUUGAUUGUGUCAUCGUGAUUAAAAUGAAUCAUAUUGAGUAGCU